GGAUUCUGAAAUUUAACGAGGAAUUAACUUUCUAAACUAAUUUUAUAAACGAACGACUGCCAUUGCAAAUACAUUUUUCCGUCCUAAGUGAAAAGAAAAAUGUAAUUUGUCAUACUGGAAGGCGUUUUGACCUAUUUACGCGUAUUUGUAUAUGAAUUAAGCAUUUUUCAAAGGAAAGGGGAGUUCCCAGAAAUGUCAACAAGAUUUUCGUAACAAUUAUGCAAUAGUGUUGUAAAUUAAUUCUAAUGACUGUAUUUAAACACAUAUGAAAAAUUCAAACUGUUUAUAAUUGAACAGGAAAAAUAUGCAUUUUUCAAUCCCAGACACACAGGAGAUAACUGAUGGAUCUGGAUCAACCUACACUAGUUUCAACAUCCAUAUCAAUGGUGUGUUUCAUUGUACAGCCAGAUUUAGUCUGUUGCACAGUUUUCAUGAGCAGUUAAAGAAGGAGUUUGGUGCAACUGCACUUCCACCGUUUCCACCAAAGAAGUUGUUUCCUAUUGCUGGACCAAAGUUAGAUGAAAGGCGUUUGAUGUUGGAAAGAUAUAUACAAAUUGUGAGUCAAGAAGCAGCAAUAGCCAACAGUGAUGUGUUCAACAGUUUCUUGUUAACAGCACAACAGGAGACACAGAAGGAGCAGCCAGAGAAUGUUAGUCUUGAUGUUUAUUUAAUGAAUGGUCACAAGAUCUCAGUGAAUAUCAUCUCCACAGAUCAGACAGAAGAUGUGCUAGAGACUGUAGCGUCUCAGAUAGAUCUUCCAGAUGACUUUGUUUAUUAUUUUGGUCUCUACCUAGUAAGAAAGGAGGAUGAUUCAGAAACUUCAAUUGUGAGAAAGUUGCAAGAUUUUGAGUCACCUUCAAUAUCAUUAAAAUCAGCUAAUCUGAAAGGUGUUCAUAGAAUAGUGCUCAGAAAAUGUUUCUGGGAUUCUUCAUUUGAUGAUGAACUACUUGCCAAUAAAGUUGCUAUGAAUCUGCUCUAUGUUCAGGCUGUAAGUGAUAUAGAUAGACAGUGGGUACUUGCCACUAAAGACCAGAAAGAACACCUCAAAUCUUUACAACAAAAAGGAUCCAAACGAGAGUUUUUACGAUUAGCAAGAACAUUAAAACAUUACGGAUACAUUCAGUUUCAUCCUUGUACCGCUGAUUAUCCUCAGGCAAAUUCUAGAGUGGUCAUAGCUGCUGGCAACAAAGAAUUGAAUUUCAGAAUACUUGUGAAACCGGAUGCUUUUAAAGAAGCAGUGUUCAAAAUCACAAGAAUUAGAUGUUGGAGAAUUACUACCACCGUAGCGGACGACAGCGACAACCCCGAUUCCUCACUUUUAGAACUGUCUUUUGAAUAUUUGAUUGCAAAAGAUACUCUACAGUGGAUCACUGUACAAUCUGAACAAGCAAUAUUGAUGAGUAUGUGUUUACAAGGAAUGGUUGAAGAAUUAAUAAUGAAGAAACAAGGAAGAAAAAUCAAAAAGCCAUCAGAUAGAGUAAGAAGAGGGAAGAAAAACUUUACGAGAGAAAACAGUAUUCCAUCAGGCCUGGUACAGUCACCGAGUUCUGAGAAAGAUGAUAGGCCCCACCUACCUGUUACACAAAAACAUGUGAACAAAACAGUGUCUAAAUUGCAGGACCUUAAAUUGUUGAAGGGAAAAGGUACACAGAAUGGUGAUUCGGUUACAAAUUCUGCCUUUGAAGAUGCCAUAGGAGAUGAUGACCUCUAGUCAAUGUCAAGGUCAUUUGUGAAGGUCUAGGUUGUUUAAACUUUGGAAAAAAAUAAUGAAAACAGCUUUUCAGAUGCUUUAUUAUGUUUAAUUGCAAUUAAGGAGUUGUAACCAGCUUGACAAGUCAAGAUUUUCAGCUCUGUUAUGGAUUCUUCUUACAUGGUUUCACCUUUCUAACAUGUUAUGGAAAAAGUCAUGACAUUAUGCUUAUAAGAGCAACAUAAAUAGAUGGUUAAUGCCUAAUACUUAAAUGCAUAAAACUUGCUGAUUAUUGGUCCACUACCUUAAAAAGUUGUCUCAGUAAAAAGUUUUUGGUGUAAUUCAGUUGUAGAGACAUACUGUGAAAUCAUUUAAUUUUGUGGGCAUAAAAUUUCGUGGUUUUGGUCAAACCAGCAAUUUUGUGGGGAUAUAAAUUUGUGGAUUCAACUUUUUAACAUAACAGCCACGAAAUCCAUGAUAAUUAGUCCCAAACGAAUAUUAAUGAUUUCACAGUACAUUAAUUUGAUAAAGGUUUAUUACAUUUUAAGUCUCCUGAACUGUGUUCAGAGUGAUCCAUUAGUAUAGGUAGCUGGUCCAGUGUCUGUCAUCCAUUGUCUGCCAUCUGUAGUCCACGGAAUGCAUAGACAUUUUAACAUCUUCUCCUCUCAAACUUAAGGUCAGAAUUAUACCAAACUUGAUCAGUAACAUCCUGGCAAAGUCUUCCCUCAGAUUUAUUCAAACGGUUGAGCUUUCAGGGGCUGCUUAAGCCGGAAAUGGAAAUACCUUUAAAUGAUUUUUAACUUCAUGAUGGAUUUUUAAUGAGACUUGUUCUGUAACAUCUUUAUAAGGUCCUCUCCCAAAUUUGUUGAAAUGGGAGUGUUAAGUUCCUUUAAAUGGCUGCUAGAGCUAAAUAUAGAAAAAAAAACAUCUUCAUAAACAUCUGAUAGAUGUUCAUCAAACUUGGUCUGUAGCAUCAUUGAAAGGUCCUCUUUUAAGUUUUAUUCAAAUGUUGUCGCCCCUUUUACAGUCGACUAAAGCUAAAAAUUGAAAAGCAUUUAAACAACUCCUCAUGAAGGUAUUGAUGGAUCUUCAUCAAACUUAGCUUAGGUCAGCUGAGCGACUUAAUGCCCAAAAGGCAUUCUUGUUUAUGCGAAAUUUGCACAAGUUCUGCUUUGAGGCUAUUGCAGGACUUCAUGAUUGAAAUUGUUGGUUACUGGAAGAACGUUACUUUAGGAUAUUGAUAUUUCCUCUUGAGAGAUAUGUUACUUUAGGGUGACAAUAUUACUUAGUAGAAAAACAUAUGUAUUUAAUACUUACUCAUUUACGCUGAAUGAAUGAUAUUACUUA